UUGAAUCCUCUGCUAUUUUAUGAUUACACUAAUAAUUCGACAUUAUAUGAAAAAAUAAAUCGCAUCUCAACUCUCAAAAUGGCAUCUCUACUAAACAAAGCAGUGAAAAAUUCAAAUGCAUUUGGUGGACCAACUUCUUCCGUAGACGACGAAGAAGAAAAUGGCAACUCUGUCGACCCGGCGUUAUCUUCUGGCUGGGCUUCCCAUACGUUUUGGACCCUUCUCCUCGUGGGAAUGGAUGCCAUCUUUUAUGGCUUGAUCGUCCCCUUGAUUGGGAUCUAUGUCGGAGGAAAUUUCGUCACUUUCACCGACUUAUAUGGCCCAAUGUGGGAAACGAUCGUUGUGGUGGUUGUCGUAUUUCUCAUUCUUUCCAUCUUCUUGAAAGGCGGACAAGAGGCUUAUUUCUGGAAACACUUCCUCUCCGGACAAACGGAAUUCAAGAGAAUUCUUCUGAUCCGCGACGCAUAUAACACUGUGACGAUUGGCUACUUGACAUACCAGCUGCUGGGCGUGAUUCAAAGGAUUAUACGCGACCGAGGAAUGAUAUCCCACAACUUGCAUGAAGGCGUUUUAUAUGCGGCAUUAACUCCAUUCCUGGACGAUGAGACUCUUGAAAAACGAUUAAACAUACUGCCAUCUUAUCAUGAAAAUUACCUCAAUCCGAUGCUGGAGGAUUGGACGAUGAUUCCGGAACACUUUGAGGACACACCUUGGUUGCUGAGAAUACUCUAUAAUUUCUGGGGCAUGUGUUUUUCAGCUUUCGACCCUUCUCAACCAAAUGAGUCCGAGAUCCAGCAUCUCAUGCACGUUCGGAGCAAAGCGAUUCGUGGAGCAGAAUUACUUUUGACCGUGGCCCAGUUGACGGCGGCAGUUACCAAGUUAAUGUACUUUACAUCGUUGUACAACUAUGAGCGAGCCAUGAACAUUUUCCUGUCAAUGCAACGAGACGGAGAGUUUGAUGACGAGUUAGAAAACGAUGAUAAUUCCGAAGAUAUAGAGACCAAGGACUUAUCCGCCAAGAAUCAGACGACAAAAACCGAAAAUGUCACUGCAGAUGGAGCCAGUGCAUCCUACAAACCAUUGGUUAAAGCUUAUCAAGGCCCAGCAAUUACCAAACUGCCUGCAAGAGGAAGACCUUAGUCUAAAAAAAUCUUACUAGACAAACAUCUCUUAUGAAGAGCAAAUGUUUAAAUGAGCCAAUCGAAUAAUGAACAAGAUUAAUAUUUAUAAUCGCAAAUGAAAUACAUUUUGAUU